AGUCAGUGGCUUUCCGCAGCAGAAACCGAUGGUUGUCCGUCGGAGACAGCGCCCGGGACCCUGGCUCCCGCGCCGCUCUGGGACUAUGUUGGACCCUUUCUGAUAACUGCAGGCGGCGGCCAGUAUGCCUGUUAGGAGGGGCCAUGUCGCCCCACAGACCACCUACGUCGACAGCAUCAUACGAAAGUUCGAGGGCCUUAAUCGUCGUUUCCUGCUGGCCAAUGCACAGGUGGAGCACUUUCCUAUCAUCUACUGUAACGAUGGGUUUUGCGACCUGGUGGGGUUCUCAAGGGCUGAGCUUAUGCAGAGGCCUGCCACCUGCGACUUCCUGCAUGGACCCCUCACCAGCUCACAGGCCACGGCUCAGAUUAGAGAAUCCCUCACCACCUGCCUCGAGAAACAGCUCGAAAUCAUCUACUACCGGAAAGAUGGGACCAAGUUUCUGUGCAGUCAGGUGACAGCGCCGAUAAAGAAUGAGGUGGGGGAGAUCAACAUGUUCAUCAUGAAUUUUGAAGAUAUCACGGAUGCACCAUACAGAGAUGAAGUCAUUACGCCCUGCACCAGCCCGCUCAUGAUUUUCAAGAGAUUUCCCCAAAUUAACCGCCAAAUCCAGCGCAUGCGUCCAAGACUUUCUAACAGUAUUCGUUCCGUCGAUGAUUACAACAGUCGUGAAGAGGUUCCAAGAGCAGCGAGGAGUAAAUCCCUGAGACUAUGGCUGCCAUCCGUGCUGAGAAGAGGAUCAGAGGCAAAGGACCAAGAGGACAUGAUGUUGACUCCCGAUGCAGAGAACGUGGCCUUGGAGACCUUCGACACCACCCACGUCCAGAUCAUGGAUUUUCGGCGACCAUGCCUCCUGGAGAUGGACGACGUCACUCCCCCUCCAGCAUCCACCCAUAAAGAAAUGGACGUCGUCUACAGAGGACUCACAGGAGCACCACUGGAUGGACGAUGGAGAGCUUCAUCUUCCUUCAAAGAGAAAGGAACACUAUCAGCAGCUGUUAGCCAUCCUGACCUCUAUUGGUGUCGAAGCGAACCUUCUAGAAGAAGGACAUUAACCUAUGAUUUUGGUAAUGCAAUCGCGGCCAACAACCUAAGCAAGUCCCUCCCAAAUGCCUCCUCAGAUUCGGACCUGUCGAGGGUGAGACAGCAGAGAAUGUCCCCUUCCCUUAGCAAUGUCAUCUCUGAAUCACACUCCCGGCAGAAAGAAAACAACUCCGCCAAGCUGCUCCUCAAAGAAAUGCAUUCGCACAAGCUCUACAUGGGGGAGAAGGUUGCACAGGUGUUGUCCCUAGGAGCUGACGUCUUACCCGAGUACAAAUUACAGAAACCCACAGUCCACAAAUGGACCAUUCUGCACUAUUCGCCCUUCAAGGCAGUGUGGGACUGGAUCAUCCUGCUGCUGGUCAUGUACACAGCCAUAUUCACGCCUUACGUGGCUGCUUUCCUCCUGAGCGAGGAGAAGGACAAGCGCAACAAGAAGUACGGCGACGAUCCCAUAGUGGUGAUCGACCUGCUAGUCGACGUCAUGUUUAUCAUCGACAUCCUCAUCAACUUCCGAACCACGUACGUCAACUCCAAUGACGAGGUGAUCAGCCACCCCGGCAGAAUUGCCGUCCAUUACCUCCGGGGAUGGUUCAUCAUCGACGUCGUCGCAGCCAUACCCUUCGACCUACUCUUCCUAGGAUCAGAAACAGACGAGACAACAACGUUGAUCGGUCUCUUGAAGACCGCUCGACUCCUGCGACUGGUGAGGGUCGCCCGAAAAAUCGACCGCUACUCGGAGUAUGGGGCCGCGGUGCUCUUGCUCCUCGUGGCUGCUUUCGCGCUCAUUGCUCAUUGGUUGGCUUGCAUCUGGUACGCAAUCGGCAACGCCGAACGACCUUUCCUAGCCCAUAAGAUUGGGUGGCUGGAUGCCCUGGCGAGAGACACAGAACAGCACUACAACAAUAGCCAUGGAGGGCCUUCCAUCAAAUCCAAGUAUGUGACAGCCCUCUACUUCACAUUCACCAGCCUCACCUCAGUGGGAUUUGGAAACGUGGCACCCAAUACCAACAUGGAGAAAGUGUUUGCAAUCAUCGUUAUGCUCGUGGGAUCUCUAAUGUAUGCUAGCAUCUUCGGUAACGUAUCGGCAAUCAUUCAGAGGUUAUAUUCAGGAACUGCACGGUAUCACACUCAGUUGUUAAGGGUGAAAGAAUUUAUUCGCUUCCAUCAAAUACCGAAUCCACUGAGGCAGAGGCUGGAAGAAUAUUUCCAGCACGCAUGGACAUACACGAACGGCAUAGAUAUGAACAUGGUUCUCAAAGGUUUCCCGGAUUGCCUACAAGCAGACAUAUGCCUCCACUUGAAUCGGAACUUGCUCAAUAACUGCUCCGCUUUCAAAGGGGCCAGUCCUGGAUGCCUUCGAGCUCUCUCCUUGAAAUUCAAAACUACACACGCACCCCCCGGUGAUACGCUGGUCCACCGGGGGGAUGUCCUCACAGCACUUUAUUUUCUUUCCAGGGGAAGCAUAGAGAUCAUUAAAGAUGAUGUCAUCCAAGCCAUUUUAGGUAAGGGUGAUAUCUUCGGGGAAAAUGCUUGCAGCUACAACACUGUUGGCAAGUCCAGCUGCAACGUCCGUGCCUUGACGUACUGUGAUUUGCACAAGAUUAAUCGCGAAGACUUACUGGACGUGCUCGACAUGUAUCCAGAAUUUUGGGAGUCUUUCUCUACUAACUUAGAAAUUACUUUCAACCUUAGAGAUACUGACCAAGCAGGUGUUGAUCCCGAGCUUUUUAGGCAUAAACAAGUGUACAAAGAACCAGACUCUGUAGAUGACGGCGAUGGAGGGAGUCGAACCAAUUCUCUCCUGACACCGAUAUUACCUCCAGAGGAGGCUCGUACAACAGCUUACCAAUAUCCAAGAGCAAGACGAAGAAGACGAAGACCCAGGCCUCCUUCCAGUGACGAAGGGACCGGGUUCAGUGACGAAGAUGACAGACGGUAUAGUGGUAUGGGCAUUCUCGAAUUCUCACCAUCUAAGGCGGGUCAAGAUGUCACACCGGUGAACCUCGAUUUUGGACAAAGGCAGAGGUCGGGAACACUAAAUUCAAUCACAGGACUGCUACGUGAGCUGAAACGGAGUCUCACGGACACCCGAGUUCAGAAGAGCGAAGUUGGAGGAGCAAUAACCACAAUGACCAAUCUGGCCAAAGGUCCCAUCUCUUCUGUAGUAUCUCCACAAUCACAAGAGCAUCACAUCUCUCGGCCACCUAGCCUUACAAUGCCCAAGACAGACACUCAAACCGAACCAAUCGAUUCGAAAGAAAAAACACCUCUUCUAGAUGCUGAAGAACCAACGUCCCAAGCAGCCUCACUAGAUUCGACCCCAGGAUCUAUCAGUAAUGUUCUUUGUCCACAAACAAUAUUUCAGUCAUCUCAGCAACAUAUUUCAUCCAGCUAUAGAAGUAAAAUAGAUAAUGAAUUAGAAGCCAGACGUCCCUGUUCUGGACCUGGUCGCCUGGGCACCAUGGCUGGAGGUACGUCCAGCAGUGGUGUCCGGUCCAGUUCCAGCGUCACAAUACCUCUGACCGGCAGUUCAAUAAACGGACAAAGUCCGGGAGAUGACCUCACAUCACCUCACCACCAGCCUUUCCCUCCUACUAGCUCGAGACCUAAUACUCAGUUGUUAGAGAAUAAGCUGGACAACCUUAGCAGGCAAGUUCGAACGAUCGAGACACGCCUGACGACAGACAUUCAAACCAUAAUGCAGCUACUAUCCCACAUUGUUGCCCACUCGGGUGGCUCUCUAUUGGGCAACACAAUGACCACCGUCUCCAAGGACCUGGUCACCCUGUCCUCAGACCUGACCCCUGAAGACGGCCAACAGUCCUCCUCGUACAGACAUCCCGGUGCUAAGUCUCGAGGUCGUCAGUACAGGAGGGCGGUCAGUCUGCAAGGUAGCCUUUCCCCCCUCACUCCCGACGGGGUCUCGCUCAGGUAUAUGUGCAGGAGUCUAGACUUACCAAGGAAUCAAGAUCAGGAGCCUCUGUCAACUGUUCAAGAUUCAGAGCUGGACGAACAAACAGAAAGUGCGAAAUGUUCAAGAACAGUACCUGCAACACCUGCCAGCGAGAGGCUGCAUGAACAGCCAACACGAUGUGCCUCACAACCUCUAGAGCGUCCAAGGCUCCGGAUGGUCCGCCUCAACAGGCACCUUUCCGCAGAACAGGGUGAUCCUUCCUCUCAAGAAUGGGAUACACCGGGAGACGUGGUAGGAGGGACAGCAAUGGCAGCCGUACAAUUGCAACAAGGAACUCACCUUCCAGCGUCCACGGCAGCCCACAUCAGCUCCUCCACGUCUGCCCUGUACUCAUCUCUGAACACUGAGCAAUCCCCAGAGAGGAAGACCACCUCCUGGGACGAUGUCUCCAAGAGAGCAGGACCCCAGUCAUCUGAUGUGUAAAUAAUGUAAAGUUACGAAUUUAUUCGAGUUCGCCGUUGGGUUUUUAUUUUUCUACCGCCAGAGCCUUGUGUGUGUCUAUAGACAGUGCCUGAAACUCCUUGGUUGCUAGACUACAGGGGGACAACAAUAACAACAGUGGCGUAGCUAUCUCGGACGAAGGUCGGAAUAAAGUUUGGGGCCCAAUGCCAUACUGACUAUGCACAUAUUAAGUACCAGUAAGCUCUAGUUACUACCACACGCGCAAAAAAUGCACCCGCCUGCAACCGCCAUAGCUACGCCACUGUUCGGAAUCCAAUAAAAAACAAAAGGGACAUGAGACGAUCUUCAGUUCCUCAUCAAAGCCCCAUCCUAAACUCACCCUUGUUCAGUUCCAGGUUGCCUUGACAAAAUAUAUAUAAAAAUUAAUUGAAAAGUUUAACAAAAAAUAAUUAAUUAAUUCAAUCCGAGAGCUGGUCCGGGUCUGUGUGGAAGACAAGACGAUUGAGGCUGACUGCAAGGAUGGUGGAUUUCCACACUCAGGGAAUCUGAAGAACAAACCCCAUAUCAGGACGAGUCACAUUUUUUCUCUAGUCCACGGUCUGUGAUAAGUUACGUGUGGUCCUCAUAAGGGGGUGCUACCUACUGCUGGAAUGCGCAUAGCUGUGAUUUUUUUUUCUUCUUCCUACGCUCCUGCUAAGCAAGAGUGGACGGACCGAUUGACUGAACUGCUCUCAAAUUGUGUAAAUAUUAUACAUAAAUCUAUGCAAAUAUAUACUAACACGUAUAUAUGUUUGUAUACAUAAACAAAUAUGAAUACAUACAUAUAUAUGGUCCACUAUUAGGUGCUGGCCGCAGCGUGGGUGCAAUACUUCUAGCUAAAUCAGAAGCUAUAGACAAGUAGGCACGUGUAGAGCACAAGUGUUGCCCCACGCAUUUUUUCAUACUAUGCAUUUUUCAUGGCUUUCAAAACGCCAGGUGCAAUACAUAAUCGAUGAAAUAAAUCCGUUUCCUCUCUCAGCUAUCUACCAUAGCAAACUCCAAAUGCUUUUCUGAAUACACUCUUCACAUACCAGCAGAAAAUUCAAAUUUUUUUGAAAAGAAAGCAAAUUCCGAGAAAAUUAUAAAAGGGGAAAAAAAUCAAAGAGAAAUUCCUUCAGCCAACUUUAAAUAGAUAUAAUAAUAAUAUUUCUAAUCACCGACUUCUUAUAAUGAACGGCCAUGUUUUUACUUGCACGCUCUCUGAGAAAUAACAUAUUAAAAAUAAUAAGAAACAAAUAUUCAUUAUUUAGCAUAUUAGCUGACUUUAUUCUUAAACUUUCCCCCCGAAGAAAGUUAUUUUUAAUUUUGUUGACUCGGGGAACCAAUUCGCCUUGACUGGGCCAUUGCACAGGUCAUCUUUAGGGGCCUUCCAGUGCAUGCGCUGAUAUUUGAUGCAAACCUUUAAACUUUGCACUUUUCCUGCCUGCUUCCUUACUUAAAACUAAUACUAUAUAUAAUACUUUCACCCAUCUUGUACAUACGUUCGUUAAGUACUAAGAGAAUAAAUAUUGAAAAAAAAGCUCCAUUUUUAUAUAUAAAUUGUUACAUAUUUUACAACAGACCGUUAGACUUAUGGUGCAUAGAAGAAAAAAAAAAGAGACAGCGAGCCAUGUGAUUGGCUGACGCUGCUAUGCUAACGCCGUGGCCUUCCUUUCAAUGUUAGCGAACUGUUUCUGUUGCAAACCCUACAUCUAUUUUGUUAAGAAAUCAUAAAGCUUCAUCCCAUUUGGUUCUCAAAAAACGUUCUGUAUAAUAAAGAGACCUAUGCAACUAUUAUA